AUGAUUUUUAUUAGCUGGUCAUUCGGAGAAUAUAAAAUCGUUAAACUUUGUAGGAACGGCAGGAAAAUUUAUAGUUUCCGUGAUAAAAAUAUAUGUUUAUGGGGUGUUGAUAACGGGAAGUUGGUGAAAACUUUCAAGGGGCACACUUCCAGGAUUUGGGACCUGAACUCUAAUAAAAAUGGCUCAUUUAUUGUUUCUGCUUCCUCUGAUCGAACUAUAAAACUUUGGAGUGUUUUCAGCGAGAAAGAAGAAAGCAUCGCAACCCUUAGCGGCCACGUGGGUGACGUGUAUACUUGUUUUGUGCAUUCCGCUCAAAGCCAUAUAAUAAGUGGCGGUUACGAUAAAAAGGUUUGUAUAUUUGAUAUUGAAAGAGAAGAACUGCUACAAACUUUUGUGGGUCACGAGCUUUCGGUCUCUAGUUGCACGUGUAAUCGUUACGGAAAUAUUAUUAUUACGGGCUCAAAAGAUACAACAGUGAAGUUUUGGGACGUUUCUUCUGGCGUUUGUGUGAAGUCACUGACUACGCACUUUGGAGAAGUCACGAGUGUGGAGGCGAGCGAGCAAGGCGACAAACUUUUAGUAGCUUCAAAGGAUAACUCGAACCGCUUGUGGGACUUGAGAAUGCUUCGUCCCACUCAAAAGUUCAGAGGCCACUACAAUACUUCGAAGAAUUUUGUGAAAGCAAACUUUGGCCCUUCAAACAAAAUAGUGAUGGGCGGAAGCGAGGACGGGAAUAUUUUUCUUUGGGAUAUAGACACUGGAAAAAUUGUGCAACGCCUGCGUGGCCAUAACGGGACGGCCUAUCGCGCCUGUUGGAAUAAUAGCCAAUCAUUAAUGGCCUCUUGUGGAGACGAUGGACUGGUGAAAGUUUGGUGGUAUGAUGCUCAAGAGCGGGGUCACGAAUAAUAAUAAUAAUAAUACAAACUUAUUUUU